AUGGGCGAAGGUGAUACAGUGGCGGUGUUCUGCGAUGAGCAGUACGAACGAGAGUGGACUUCAAGGCUCAAGUCGCAAGCGCAGUUUCCGUACAAAAUCAUUCCAGUACGUAACGGCCCGUCGAUGUACCGUGCCGUGCGAGAAUUCUGUGCGUCACAGAAUGUGUAUCGUUGCGCUUUGAACCUUUGCACUGGGACCACCGAAGAUGAACAUUGUGCCAGCUCGGUGCUGCUGGCUUCACUCUUUGAUCACAAUGGUGUGGUGUACGGGGGGUGUCGGUACGCUGUGCUCAAGCAACCCCUGGAGCUUCUCUUCAUGAUGUGCUUUUACGCCGGGUUACCGAUGCCCCGCUUCUCUGUGGUGAAGUCCUACACCGACAUUGAGCGGCUCGAACUUCAGUUUCCUGUGAAGUUCCGGAGUGCGAAUACCCUUCAGGGCACAUUUGAGUGCACGGUGGAGGAGGCAUCCGCGUUGCCGCAGGCACUGAAAGAGGCCCUUGCAAACUACGGCAAGGUUGUGGUAUGGGAGGUGAACGCGGCCAAAGGGAAGCAGCUGCAGGUCCUUGUUUCGGGUACAAGCUAUGUCACCAUCAAGCAGAACGGUGUCUGCGAUAAUGUGUGGCUGCAACGUUGUGUCCCUGUAAUUGAAGGAUAUGUGACUGGUUUUGCCAAGAAUGUGAUUAACAAGACUGGCUUCGCAAAAAUGGUCUUUAACCAGAGCCCUCAUUCAGAAGAUUUAAUUCUGGAGGACAUAGUGCUUAACUGCUCUCUGAUCGAGCCAGGCUCUGAUGCUCUUUCAGCUGAUGCGGCGAAAUGUUUCUUUGACGAGCGCAUACGUGAGGGAGAGCGUGAUUGUCGACCUCCAACUAUUGAGGUGAGGCACACUGGUGACAACAAAGGGUAUUACCUCUGCGCUGCACGGAACACCAAGAAGGGGGAAAUUGUUUUCGAGGACGAGGGAAAUAGUUUUGCUAUAGUCACAAAGCCCUUUGUGGAGAAACAGUGGGGGCCGGAGGAAAAGGCUCUGUUUGCUGAAUACGCUUGGCCGCUCGAUGCUGACGGCCACGUGUACGCUAUUUGGGAAAGUGACCCAAACAGGUGGCGUCCCAUUAAUCACUCGUGUGAUCCAAACUGUAUAUUUGAUGAGGGGCAUUCACUGAACGUGGCUGCCGCCCGGGACAUUAACGAAGGGGAAGAGCUCACAAUGGACUACUCCACAUUUUGUGACUACACAAUGAAGCCGUUUCAAUGUUUCUGCGGUUCAGCGUCUUGCCGCGGGCUGAUCGUCCCCGAUGAGGCAUCGUUGCGGAAGUACGGUACCAACACAUGGCACCGACGCCCUCCUGUUCCACCAACGAAGGGCAUCUGA